AUGGACAUUGCCGGGGGAAAGAUUAAUAUUCACGUGCUAAUGGCUCUUGCAGCCUUUGCAUCAGUUUUCAUGGGAAAUUUCUUAGAAGGAGGCUUGCUGCUUGCAAUGUUUAAUUUGGCUCAUAUAGCUGAGGAAUAUUUUACCAGCCGGUCAAAAAUCGAUGUAAGGGAGUUGAAAGAGAAUUAUCCAGAAUUCGCUCUUGUAUUGGAUACAAAAUAUGGGAAGAAACCAAGUUUUUCAGACUUGACUUAUAAAGAAGUCCCAGUAAAUGAUCUGGAAGUUGGCUCAUACAUAUUGGUCAAAGCUGGUGAGUCUGUUCCAGUGGAUUGUGAAGUCUUUCAAGGUAGAUCAACGAUUACGACUGAGCACUUGACCGGGGAAGUGAAGCCAAUUGAAAGAGACGUUGGAGACAGCAUUCCUGGAGGAGCCAGGAAUUUGGAUGGAAUGAUGAUUUUAAGAGCGAAGAAAACAUGGAAGGAAUCUAUGCUAAACAGGAUCGUCCAAUUGACUGAAGAAGCUCAGCUAAGCAAACCUAGGCUCCAAAGGUGGCUGGAUAAGUUUGGAGAGGUCUAUAGUAAAGCAGUUGUGUUCUUGUCUCUGACAGUUGCGCUCCUUGGGCCGUUUCUUUUCAAGUGGCCAUUUUUUAGCACUUCAGCUUGCAGAGGAUCCAUUUAUAGGGCUCUGGGUCUUAUGGUGGCUGCAUCACCAUGUGCAUUAGCUGUAGCACCUCUUGCUUAUGCUACAGCUAUUAGUGCAUGUGCUAGAAAGGGAAUAUUGCUCAAAGGUGGACAUGUUUUUGAUGCUCUAGCUUCUUGCCACACCAUUGCAUUCGACAAAACUGGUACCUUGACAACUGGAGAGUUCACGUGUAAAGCAAUUGAACCCAUACAUGGACAUCUGAGUAAUGAUGAAAAACAAUUUGCUUCAUGUUGUGUCCCUAACUGUGAAAAAGAAGCCCUUGCUGUAGCUGCUGCUAUGGAGAAGGGCACCACUCAUCCGAUUGGAAGAGCGGUUGUUGAUCAUAGUACAGGACAAGAUCUUCCUUCUGUUUCAGUGGAAAGUUUUGAGAAUCUGCCUGGUAGGGGUCUAUUUGCGACGCUGUCAAGUCUGGAGCCAGGACUUGGAGGCGGUAAACCAUUGAAAGCUUCAAUCGGUUCUGUGGAAUACAUUGCUUCACUAUUUAACUCGGAUGACGAAUCGAGCAGAAUUAAGGAGGCUGCGAGUGCUUCUACUUAUGAAGGCGACUUUGUUCGAGCUGCUCUCUCCGUUAACAAUAAGAAGGUGACCCUUUUUCAUUUUGAGGAUAAGCCGCGUCCUGGAGCUUUAGAUGUUAUUCGGGUAUUGAAAGAUCAAGCAAAGAUGCGUGUGAUGAUGUUAACUGGUGACCACAAAUCGAGUGCCUGGAGAGUGGCCAAUGCUGUGGGUAUCAAUGAGGUACAUAGCAAUUUAAAGCCCGAGGACAAGUUAUAUCAUGUGACAAACAUUCCUAGAAAUACAGGAGGCGGGCUUGUAAUGGUUGGUGAUGGUAUCAAUGAUGCACCUGCCCUGGCUGCUGCCACCGUGGGUAUUGUGCUAGCUGAUCGUGCUAGUGCAGCUGCUAUUGGUGUCGCAGAUGUGCUUUUACUGCAGGACAAUAUCUCCGGUGUCCCAUUUUGUGUAGCUAAAUCACGACAAACUACUUCCUUGGUCAAGCAAAACGUUGCCCUGGCUUUGUCUAGCAUUCUGGUGGCCUCUCUUACAUCAGUUUUGGGUUUUUUACCUCUGUGGUUAACGGUGCUACUGCAUGAGGGUGGCACCCUUCUUGUUUGCCUUAAUUCAAUCCGCGCACUGAAUCCUCCGACUUGGUCAUGGAGAGAUGACAUUCAAGAGUUUGUUGACAGAUUGAGAUCGGCAUUCAUGUUCUUAAGAAGUCUAAGCACCAAUCAAAGGCAUAACACAUCUCAGCUGGCAGCAUCAUGA